GGUCGCCGCGCGGCGUCGGCAUGGGUGGUAGCGGCGGCGGAGCGGGGCAGCGUUCUGGGGCUCACCUCACGCACGCGGGCGCGGAAGGCGAAAACGCGUAUUGGCGCCGUAGGGACCAGUAUAGGGAAGCAAAUGAGAGCGGCGGAUUGGUGGGAGCAGGAUGGCAGGAGGCGCGGCAGCCGGCAGGGAAGCCGGAAGCGGGUGGGGCCCGGGCCGCGGUCCCGUCGUCACCCGUGUGUGAAUGCGUGGCCGUGUCCUCCUCGGCUCCUCGUGAGGCGGGCCGCUCAACCCGCUUCGGCUGCUCGCACCAGCCACGAAACGCUGGGAGCCCACUGGGCCAAUCGAGAAUCCGCAUUCCCAAGCCCACUUUAGGCAUUACUCUCCUCCUCGUCUCAGGCACCGGCACCGCUCCCUCAGCGUCCCUCACAAGCCGCUCCCAAAAGCCCAGAACCCUCUCCUCUCGAGAAGCGCCGCGGCGGAGAGAAGCCGCCGGCCGCCGGUCGAGGACCCCGUCGCGUGCCUUGCUUCCUCGACGAGCCAUGCCCAUGGUGAACGGAAUAUUUGAGUACUGGGGAGUUGUGGUCAGACCUGGAGCGACAGUGAAGUGUGACCCAGGAGAGUUCUAUUGCCAUGUUUCACAGAUAGCAUUACAGGAUAGCAAGGGGAAUGAGGAUGUCAGAGUUUUUGUGAAGGCUGAUGGCAAAAAGUUUCUAAUUGGAACACUAUCAGUUGACAAAUACCCUCAGUAUACAACUAGUUUGGUGUUCGAGAAGGAGUUUGAGUUACUACACACCUCAAAAACCAGCACCAUCUCUGCCCUUGGCUACAAAUUUAGGCAUUGCAACAGAAAAUAUGACAGCGAAACAAGUACUGAAGAGGGUGAUGAAUCUAAUGAGGAGGUUCCACAGGCUAUUCCAUUAUACCCUAACGCAGAUGAUGAUAAAAGCAAAGAAAGUAAAUGUGGUGUGGAGAAGCCUGCUGCUACUGAAUCCUCUAAAUCAAAGGUUAGCUUGGAGGAAGCAAAGGUUCCUGACAAGCAUAAAGCUGAUGUUGGUGGCGAUGACAAUGAUGAAAGUGACGAAGAUGUUGAUUCAGAAGAUGGUGAAUCGGGUGAUGAUGAGAGUUCCAGUGAUGAGGAUGAUGGUGAGAGCUCAAAUGAAGAUGAUGAUGAAGACUCUCCAAAGAGUACUAAACGCAAUAAUAGGCCAGCAGAAACACCCUUGAAGACACCUCCAGGGAAGAAGGCAAGGAUCACAACACCAUCUAUGGGCAAAAAAUCUGUCAGUGAUGAUGCUAAGAGAAGUAACCACGUCCAUGUUGCAACCCCUUAUCCAUCAUCGAAGCAGGUGAAGACGGCUCGCUCGAUCAUUGACAACUCUAAGCAAUCCACUGGCUAUGCCUGCAAGUCGUGCAGCAAGACUUUCUACUCCUCUGUCGGUCUGGAAACUCAUUGCAAGGUGAAGCACAGUGCGUGUAAAUGAAUAGCAUUCAUGGACUAGGGUGUUAAGGAAGUUCGUUAUCUGGCAACUGAAUUGUGGGUUGGAAAGUGUGUUUCAUUCGUUUACUGCUAUGGCAGGAUCACAAUGUCUGAUGCCUAUUGGUCUUCUAGAACAUGUUAGUGUACUGCUAAGCUACUGUUUUAUCUGCCCAGAUUUUUCUGCCGAAUGGCUAAUUGAGAUUUUCUGGACGAAUGAUGUCUGGUUGCACUUGCA